GUCCGUGAGACUUGGCCAUUCAAGAGUUCUUUGUACAGGAGUCGUCCUCGAUGAUUGUCAAUAUGCCUGGAGGACAUCACACUCGCAUGUUCAUUGCCUGGCUGAGGCUCUCUAUCAGGACCACCGUAUCUUGCUCGUAUACGAGUCUCCUCGCCUUCCUUCUGCGGCUAAUCCAACGCUGUCAGGUCUUUGUUGGGGGAAAAGAGGGAACUUUUCGAGAUCCGAGUUUAGCAUUCAGCUCUCAUCCGGCCGACCAAGAGAAGAAGACCCAUGGGACCCUCGCAGUACCGUUGCUUAAAGUACCUCUGCAAAAUGAAGGGCCGAAUCCCUUAGCUUCCAAUAACCAGACUUUCCCGACCGAGCCGACCACUUCUGUGCCAUCGACACCAAGCUCGCCCUAUCCUGCGGCGCCAGGGCAACUCUUUGAUAUCACUCUAACUCCCAUCAUACCUGGACAAAUAAAGAGAUACGAGAGGAAUAAAUUUCAAGAUCACAAUGAAGAUUUUGAGAUUCAGAAAGGUCCUUUGGACUGUUCAGAGGAGCUCGCUUCGGUGUCAGGAUGGGAGCUGCUCACGCACCCAGAAGGCGCUUUGUUUUUCUAUCACUCGAGUGAUCGAGUUUUCACUGAUGUUGAUGUCCGAGACCCUGGAACUGCGGUCACAAUAUGUACAAUGGGUGAGGUUGUUAAGCAGGCGUACGAAGAAGCCCGCAAGGCAGAUACCUUUCAUACGUCUGUCGAACUCACCUUGGAGCGCGUGGAGGUGGAUGGGGAAAAGAAGUGGGGCUACUACUUUGCCGAUCAUGACAGACGUGUCAUUUUCUGGCUAGAGCCCCACAAAUCUAAAGAUCUUUUGGAUAAUGUUCGAGGAGUAAAAUGGAAAAGCCAUGUCAGGUAUGCACUAGAAUCACAGUACUGGAUGCAUGUUGAAUCGUUUCCAAACAAACGCUUCCUUCCGGAAGAUGUCCUCGUAAGACUUAAGGAAAUUGUUAUGUUUACUCAGGCAGACAGUAUCACUUCUGAAAAAUGCCUAGCACCUUAUGCUUCGGACGAGGUUUCAAGUAUGCUCGGCCUUAUGGAUCCUCUCAUGAGCAGUGUUGACAAGGAGCAUGAGCAUUCUGUGUGGAUCGUCGCUCGGUUUAUGGGAGAUUUCUGCAGCGACAAGUUUGCAAACUUCUGCGGACAGCCGGGCGCCCGACUUGACUCAGACCAGUCGUUAUACGACGAUUCUAUUCCCCGCCCGAAAAGCAUCCUUUUUCGCUUCAUGAACGUCAUUCUGUUUGGAUCCCCUGAUGCUCAAAGCAAGGCCCUUCACAAGAUAUGGGUCGAUUACACCAUUGUUCAACGGCGUUGGAAAAACUUUAUUAACAGGCUUAAUAAUGAAUGGAACGGAUACACGAUAUUCUCUACCGUGAUGCUUGCUGUUGACAUCAGUUUUAUGGCAGUUCCAUCUGUUCAGAAUCAAGCGCCUGUAAUCAUUGUAUUGUAUAUGUCUACCCUCUGUGCCUUGGGCUCGUUAGUGGUUUCACUAGUCCUGGCCGGACAAGUCAAUGACAGUCGGCGGGACUCCGCUAAAGGCGUGGCCUCAUUCAUGGUAGAAAUGUCGCAUUCUAUACUCGGCCUCGAGAGCCUUGCCCUCAUGCUCAGUCUGCCGUAUGCUCUUUUGAUUUGGGGAAUGGUAUUCUUUGCUGCAGCCUUGUCCGUUGUGAUUUACCGCACUUCCGACGUUGUCACCAUCUCGGUCGUCUCUCCAAUCUGGACCGCCAUAUUUAUCCUGUCGACGUGGCCGGUACUAGCUGCUAAUAAUAUUCAUGUAUCCCACCUGAGUUCCUGGGUCGCAGGACAGAUGUCGUAUUUCAGAUCAUUGUGGGUCGCCACCAGGUCUCAUUCCUAAUCUGUACAAUUACGUCUGGUGUUUGUUUUAUGUGAUACCUGUCUCUUCCUGGAUAUUAACACGUUAUACACAGUCCUGUGCGUUUACGAAUGAACGCGACGCUUGCAAGUUGUCCUACCCCUCCAUCAGCCACAGAAAUGUACACCAUUGGUAUUAUAAGGAACGUUCACGGGUUUCCCUUGUGUUUGCUCGUUGCUAUUUUCGACGUCUGUUUUGCGAAUUUCUAGAGGAAACAGGUGCUAGCUUCAUCUUCAACAUUUCUGACGCAAGUGGGGGUUUCGGCCUUGACCUCAGGCACUUGAUUAUCGCGGCCAGUAGUUAUGCUGAAAAGCAUCGGUGGAGAGCACAUGCGCACGGGCGCAUUUCGUACUAAUCCCUUCUCCACCGACAUAUUUCACUGUAC